AUGAGCCAAUACUCGUACGAUUAUCUCACCAGCGCCCACGAAACAUUUAGCUUCGAGUUCAUCGAUGUUCGUAAGCAUCCGAAGCAAAUCUCAUUGGAUCUCCGAGUCUUCAAUUUAUUAUGGAGUUUCAUACUUGGUUUCAAUCAUUCAUCCAACAAUGAGCCGCCGACGUUGUCGGCGAAAAUCGAAUGCAGUAACGACGAGGGAAAGAAGUGGGAGUGCGAGGCGAAAAUUGACAUGAAAAUUAUAUCGAAACGCUCGAACGAGCUCGCCAGUUACAAACACUGCAUCGGACAAUGGCAAUUCAGCGACAAGGACAAUUCGAAAAAUCUCGAAUAUUCGCGAAAAUUAUCUGGUGUCCAUUUGGUGAUUCGCGCCGGCGUUCGCAUUUAUUGGGCAACCGGGCUCACCGAGAUUUUCGAUCCAUUCAAAACUUUUCCAAUUCUCGGCGACGUGGUUUUAAUAAUCGGAAAGAAGCGUCUGAUAUCGAACAAAACGUACCUGUCAGUUCAUAGCCCAAUAUUUCGAAAAUUGUUCACCGAUCAUCCGGAACAAGAAGAAUUCGUGUUGAAUGAUGUAGGGUUUGACGACUUCAUUCUCCUUCACAACGUGAUUUUGCCGUCCGGUGUCGAAGUUCAAUACAAUAAUUAUCAGAAAUUGAUGAAGAUGGCUGAACAAUUCCGAAUGGAUCAUGUGUUGAAGAAAUGCGAGGAUUAUCUCAUUUGGGCGAUUUCGUUCGAUGUGCCGCGCAGCCUUCAAUGGUCCGAUUUGUAUGGAAAAGAGGAGCUCGACAACGACAAAAUCGAGGCGAUGGACCGAAGAACGAUUAUGAAGUUCAUCGAGUCCGACGAGUUUCGCAUGCUUAGCAACUCGUGCCGCGCCGCGUUGCUCAUCGAGAUUUUCCAGAAACUGUUCCCAUUUCUUCAGCAAAAAUUGCCAAAAUCAUAA